GACUGUACUGAGGAACUAUCAGUGAAGGUUUUUCCACCUCUUCUCUAACCUUUAAACUACUAAAAGACUUUAUAACCAACCUCUAAAUUAUCUUUUUUAUAUUUAUUAAAGUUAACACAGCAGUUAUCUGUACUUGUCACAUCGCCUGACGUUGUUAUUUGUCUUAUAUUUAAGACGUUUUUAGUCGCUGAAUCUGCCCCCACGAAGCUUGCUCACUUUUAGCUCAGCCGUUAGCCACCAUUUAUUCAUCAGAGAAAGAAUCGAUUAAAGUGAAUAAUCACAAUCAUGGAUCAAUCGGGAGUAACGGCACAAGCACCAAAGAGCCCGUGGGGUUCGGUGGCCCCGGCGGCUCCGGCUUGCUCUCUGGCCGAUGUGAUGAGUGAACAGCUGGCCAAACAGCUGGAAGAGGAGAACAGUGACUUCCCUGCUCUCACCGAUCCUGGAGCAGACCUCUUGUUGACAGAUGAAAGUUCAGAUACGACCAGCGAUCUGAUGCUCGCUCAGAUGCUUCAGAUGCAGUUCGACCGUGAGUUCGAUAACCAGCUCCGCCGCGAGGAGAAGAAGUUCAACGGAGACAGCAAAGUGUCCAUCUCCUUUGAGAACUACCGCAUGGUUCACCCGUAUGAAGACAGCGACAGCUCCGAGGACGAGGUGGACUGGCAGGACACCAGAGACGACCCUUACAGGAAAGAUAAGCCCCAGACCACCCCCAGGAAAGGCUUCACGGGUAAAGGGAAGAACAUCACCACCAAACACGAUGCAGUGACCUGCGGCCGUAAGAACACGGCUCGCAUGGACAACGUGAGACCUGUUCAUGUCCUUCUGUCCUAUCUCCUUCCUUUCAUUUCCUUCUCUUAGUUCUUCACAUUUAAUGCUUUUAGGAGAAAAGCCUUUUUGUUCCUUCUAGUUUUAAGAUAAGAUAUUCCUUUAUUUAUU